AAGAUUACUAUGUCAAACUCUUUUGACAUUAACACAUGAAUAACAUAAAUUGCAUGUAGCAUGUUGAUAAACUUAUAAUCGUAUAUGAUAACCGUUGUGAAUUCUGAUACUAAAUAACAGUAAAAAAUUAAUGAAAAAAAGAGUCUUAAAUUCUUGAAUUGAUCAUGGAUGAAAGAGAAGCUUUGAGAGAGAGUAUUCUAUCUCAAGAACCAGAAUUUCACUCUUCUUCUUCUUUGAUCUCUUACUUAUACGUUGGCCACUUUUUAGCUAGAUGGGGUUCCAGAAUGUGGGAAUUCUCUGUUGGUUUAUAUAUGAUAAGUAUUUGGCCAGACUCGUUGCUGUAUGCAGCAAUAUAUGGUGCUGUUGAAUCUGCUUCCAUUGCUUUGUUUGGUCCCAUAAUUGGAAAAUGGGUUGAUAAGUUAACUUAUCACAAGGUUUUGAAAUUAUGGUUGGUGACGCAAAAUCUAUCGUUUAUUAUUGCUGGUGCCGCUGUAGUUUCCUUGCUUGUCUUCUCAUCUUUGAAGUUAACAAAUUUCCCAGUUUUCUUACUACUGGUGGUGAUAAUCAAUAUCUGUGGUGGCAUUGGAGUACUUUCAACUCUUUCUGGUACUAUCCUGAUAGAAAGAGAAUGGUUGUUGGUUAUUUCCGAAGGUCAACCGCCAGAGUUACUGACAAAGAUGAAUUCAGUUACGAGACGCAUCGAUCUAACCUGCAAGUUACUUGCACCUGUUAUAACUGGUUUCAUAAUAAGCUUUGUAUCACUAAAAGCAUCUGCUAUAACACUAGCACUUUGGAAUAGUGUUUCUGUUUGGGUGGAGUAUUGGCUUUUUACAUCUGUGUAUAUUGGGAUUCCGGCUUUGCGUCAAAGUAGCCAAAGGAGAACGGAAAGGCUCUUGCAAAGUGAUCUAGAAAGGACUAAUUCGAAUUCUGAGGGAGAUAGUUUGCUUAUUGAUACCAGUGAUAGCUCGGAAUUGGUAGAUGGAAAAAGCAGGAAAAAUUUUUCUGAGUGGAUUUCGAAAAUCUCUUAUGUUGAUGCUUGGAGAGUUUAUUUACGGCAAGAAGUUGUCUUUCCUGGACUAGCUCUGGCUUUGCUGUUUUUCACUGUACUCAGCUUUGGAACUUUGAUGACAGCCACUUUAGAAUGGGAAGGUAUACCUGCAUAUGUUAUCGGAAUAGCGCGAGGAAUAAGCGCUGUAAUUGGAAUAGCUGCAACAGUUUUAUAUCCUGUUCUACAGCAUCAUAUAUCGGCUAUUCGAACUGGACUUUGGUCUAUCUGGUCUCAGUGGACUUGUCUACUACCUUGUUUAGCUGCAAUUUGGAUCCAAACUGGGAUGUUAUCGUCGUAUAUUUUGAUGGGAAGUGUCGCUAUAUCUCGGCUUGGAUUGUGGAUGUUUGACUUAUCUGUACUUGAACAGAUGCAGAACCUUGUUCCUGAAUCGGAUCGUUUAAUCGUUGGAGGGGUUCAGAAUUCACUUCAGUCCUUUAUGGACUUAUUAGCCUAUGUUAUGGGAAUCAUAAUAUCUGAUCCAAAGGAGUUCUGGAAGUUGAGUUUAUUAUCAUUUCUGGCUGUCACAUUAGCUGCAUUCCUCUACUGCAUCCAUGUGUUCCGCGUGCGGAAGCAUAUCUUUCACUUUGACAAACUUAUCUGGUGUAAUUCUUCUGCAUGAGCACCGAAAGUUGCGCACAAGUAUAUCUUUCACUUUGUCAAACUACUCUGAUGUAAUUCUUCUACAUGAGAAUCGAAAGUUGUGGGGUGAACCAAGAUAAAUUGAGGCCUAAAGCAAGACGAGGUCUCGGAGGGAAUAAAUCACAAGAAAGGUCUUGUGUGCAAGUUUUGUUAGACAUGGUAAAGUUGGAACCAUAAAAAUAGUAGGUUACAUAAAAAUAGUAGGCCUCUUGUCAUCUCUAUAGUCUUGAAAUCUACUAAAAUUGGUUCUCUGUUUAUUGUAGUCCUAAAAUUUACUACCUUCCUCUCCUAUUAAAUUAACAAAAAUAAAUUGUUGCUUUAUGAUUUUGUUGAAAUAUAUUAUUUCCCUUUAUCAUUA